GCCAUGGGCGACCACAAGGCCGUGAUCAAGGACACGGACAUGAGCGAAGAGAUGCAGCAAGAGGCCGUGGACUGCGCCCUGCUGGCCCUGGACGAGUACAACAUCGAGCACGAGAUCGCGGCCCAUAUAAAGCGGGAGUUUGACAAGAAAUACCAUCCCACUUGGCAUUGCGUUGUGGGAAGGAACUUUUGCAGCUAUGUGACUCAUGAGAGUAAGCACUUCAUCUACUUCUACCUGGGGCAUGUUGCUAUUCUGCUCUUCAAAUCUGGUUAGAGCCACGGACUGUUACUGAAACUUGCACCUUGCUAACGACGUGUGUUAACUGCAAGCAGCCUAGUGCC